CGCCGUCACCGGGGAGGGUCGUGGCAGGUGGCUGGGCGCUGCCCCCGCCAUGCUCCGCAGACUGGCCCGGACCGCGGCCCAGUGGCACGGGGCCCUCUGGGCGCGGGGGUCUGGGAGCUGGGCGGGGGUCCCGGCGCACGUGGUGGACCUGCGCAGCGACACGGUGACCAAGCCCGGGCCGGCCAUGAGGCGCGCCAUGGCCGAGGCGGUCGUGGGGGACGACGACUACGGCGAGGACCCCACCGUCCGCGAGCUGCAGGAAAAGGCUGUGGAGCUGCUGGGGGUGGAGCAGACCUUGUUUGUGCCCACCAACACCAUGGCCAACCUCAUCUCUGUGAUGUGUCACUGCCGGCGCCGGGGCUCCCAGCUCCUCCUCGGGCAGGAAUGCCACCUCCAUGUCUAUGAGCAGGGCGGGGUGGCUCAGGUAAGGACCCAGCUCCCCUCACCUGGGGCCAGCGGAGGGUGCUCAGCACUUCUGGUGGGAACCUGCUUCCCAGGCAGGGCGUCUGGAUGGGCAGAGGGGAGAAAUGGCUGGGAUGGUGGCCUCUCCAGAAAGGCGGGAAGGAGAGACGUUCCCAGAUUGAGCACACGGGGGCAGCCACGGCUCAGGUCAGCCGUUGGGACAGUGGCCAUGCUUGGUGCCCUGCUGCCCCCUAGUGGGCACUCAGGGCACCAAGGCAGAGGGACAGCAACCUCUCCAGAGCACACAGAGCCUGUGUUCCUUCCGCUCCUUACCUGGGAUGUCUGUGCCCAAGUCCACAGCACAAGGGGAAGGCUUCAAGGCCCAGAGCUGGGAGGAGCAGAAAGGACAGAGGUAGGAGGUGCUGCUGGACCCCUGGACCUGAUCCUUCAUCCCCCCCAACACCUGCAGAUCGCAGGGGUGCACUCCCACCCCCUCCCAGACCUGCCCCAUGGCACCCUGGACCUGGCUGAGCUGGAGAGGAUGGUCACGCGGGGCCUUGGGAGCCCCUACCACCCAGUCUGUGAGCUCAUUUGCCUGGAGAACACCCACAGCAGCUCGGGGGGCCGGGUCCUCCCCAUCAACUACCUACGCCAGGUGCGCCUCCUGGCCCGGAGCUACGGGGUACGGGUCCACCUGGACGGGGCCCGGCUGAUGAACGCCUCGGUGGCUCUGCACGUGCCCCCGGCGCGCAUCGUGGAGCACUGUGACUCUGUGUCUCUCUGUUUCUCCAAGGUGGGAAGUCGCUGGGCCGCCCCCCAGACACAGGAGGGUGGGGUUGCCUGCAGCAGGCGGCUGAGUUGGGUUCCUGGGCUCCUGUGCUGGCAGCCGCUGAUCCCAUUAACCCUUCCCCAGAUGGGACCACCUUGUCCGCCCUUUCCCAUCCCCUUCGCGCCCCCUCCCCCGGCCCCAAGGACAGAGACGCCCACCCAGGGGGCAGAGGAACAGGAUUCUCUCCUCUCUUCCUCCCAGGGCCUGGGCGCACCCGUGGGGGCCCUGGUUGGGGGGCCCAAGGACUUCAUCGAAGAAGCCUGGCGCCUCCGGAAAGCCCUGGGCGGGGGAAUGCGCCAGGCGGGGGUGCUAGCAGCAGCUGCCCUGGUGGGACUGGCUGACGCCGAGGAGGUGCUGCUGAGGGACCACCGGAAUGCCCAGAGAUUCGCUAAAGGGCUCCAGGAACUGGCGUCGCCCCUCUGCUCCGUGGAUCUCACGGCCGUGGAGACGAACAUGGUGAUGGUGAGGGUGGACGGGCCGCCGCCCGAGGAGCUGUGCCGGCGCCUGCAGGCCGUGAGUGCCGAUGAGGUGGCCCAGACUGGCCGCGCAGUGCGAGUGCUGCUCUUCCCCUGGACGGAGCGGUCGGUGCGCGCUGUGUGGCACCGUGACGUCUCGGCACAGGACACUGAGCUGGCGCUGAGGAAGUGGGGGUUCGUGCUGAGGCAGCUGGGGCCCUGAGGACGAGGUGCCCGGAUCCUGUGCCCAGCUGGGCUCGGGCAAGGAGUGGAGGGUCCCCAGGGAGUGGGCAGGAGGACAAGCAGUCAACAGAGCCCCCGUCAUCGGCUCGUCUCCUCGGACCCCUUUACCUCCCAUGACGCUCAGGAUGAAGCUGCCACUGUGUUCCUCCAGCCAGCCCCGUGUGCCCUCUGUGUCCAGACGGGGUGCCCAAGCAGGCAGUGACAGGCGGGACCCCAUCCCAGCCCCCUCCCCACAGCCUGGGAGGCAGCCAGGGCAGGCCCUCUGCCCCACAGACAGAGAGGAAUGCCCUGAGCCGGUGAGAGCUCAGGGGCUCUGUUGCAGUCAUCUAAUACAGAUUACCUUUUCAAACAAUAAAAUUUUCUGUUUAUAAAAUACUAUGUCUUAAUUUUAGAGAAUGUGGGACUCGAUCUCAUUUUUAGCAACUCCUGGGGUAAUUUCGGCAGACUCGGGUUAAGACCAACCCUCCUGCCGAUGUCAACUAGAAGACCUGGACAAGGUAUAUUUUUAAAAAUCACCCAAGAAUCAUAACUAUUAAUGUUUUAGUAGAUUUUGUUCUGGAGAUAUAUGCAGGUAUGUAUCUCAAUCGUGUGUGUAUUUUAAUAGGGCAGCUGUGCCGUCACAUCAGUGCUUUGAAAGCCCCUAACAGGAAUCCCAGGACGAGGCUCUGCGAGGGUUGAGUGGUGAUUUCAGUGUACGAAGUGUGAAGUUUUAGAGCCCAGGUGCAGUUAGGAAGCUGCCAGAAACACAGGUUUGGAGCUCAGGAGAGGGCCUGGGCUAGAGGCGCAGAU